AUGUCUCACAGCGAAAAGAUCCAACCGCCGGCGAUUGGUUCAGUGAUCCCGACAGGUAGUCCCGACUUCUUGCCUGAGAGGAAUGAUCGUUCAGGCAAAAAGCUUUGGGUGAAGCUGAAGAACAACUACACACCCGCACAAAACUCCACACCAGGUUCCCGCGCAGCCGCCAUUUUCAGGGCCCUCCGGUCCAAAUCCAAAGCUACAGUCCGGACUACUGGAAGAUGCAGCAUUGAAGAAGCCUGCAAAGGGGUGGUGGACGGCGUGGGGGAAGCGAGGCUUUGCCUUCCAACGCCUCGACACACCUUCUUCUCCUCGUUGCUCAUGAGUUGCUUUAUAUUCAUCGGCUUAUUGGCGCUCAGUGCAGCGGAAGUGGGCCUCUUAGGCCUUCCAAAAUGGCCAUGGAUCACUUUGGUACUGCGCGUGGUUGGAUGGGCCUUCUUGUUCUACAUUCCCAUUCACCUCAUUGCCGUGCCUUUCACGCGAAACUUUGUCCUUUGGGCACUCGAGCCUGGGGAGAGCUUGAGUGAAGUGGGUUUGUCAGAGCGUCCUGCUCGAUGCCAGAAGCGAGCUACCUUGCUGCCGUAUGCCACGCAUGCAUGCUGGAUUCUGGUUUACGCUCUGGUGAUUUGCAUUAGCAUUGGGGAGGAAAACCUUGGACAUUUUGGUUUCAUCCCGAUCUAUGCCCUAGGAAAUGUUCUCAUGAUGCCUGUGGGCAUAUUUUUUACCCUGCUGCUUGCACCGCCGACAGUCAGCCGGCGCUAUGCGUUUAGGAUUGGCCCUGCUACAAUCUUGUUCCCAAUCAUCGGCUUCCUUGUCAUGGUGUCUAGUUACAUCCUUUUGCGCAGACUUUCUGGUCCUUGGCUGGGAUUUUUGAUGCCACCCUUGCUGAGUACAUACGAGCUGCUCGGGACUUCUUUGGUUUCCAAGUUUUUUACCAAGGAGUACGUCACGCAGUGGGAAGUGCGUCAAGGGUAUGCUGGUACCAAUCAGGGGCUGGUGGUCUCGAUUGCCAUUUGCAACCUGCAUGCGAUGGCGGAGGGAGCUCGGCUGACGUUCCUUUAUGUGGACUACUUGGAGAACCAGGACUGGAGCAUUGUAGUUCCGAUUCUUACCGGAGUUCUUUGGAAUGUGUUGGCACGCUUUGGGACACUAGACCGUGUGUUGCACAUCAUCACGUGUGGUUGGCGAAAGCCCAACAACGGUAGCAAGCUGCUGCGAGAAUCUGGGUAUUGCAUGGGCUACCUGCGAUUCGGCGCGAUGGGUGCUUUAUUCCUGGUGCGUUUGUGCAUUGGAGCACCCUGGGCCUGGGAUGGUCCAGAAGUCACCCUGAUGGCAGGCAUGCUUCUGGCCGAGAUCUUGGAGGACUUGAUGAGCUAUGCCAUGUGGCGGGCCGGUCUGGACAUCUCUCCAGCGCCAUACCUGGUGACUGAGCAGGAGGUUCAAGACAUUGCUACCAUUGUGCUCAAUAAGCGCAAAGCAUCCAAAGAGAAGUCACGCACACUGUCGACUGAGCAGGCCGAUGUCCAGUCGACCAAAGACAGGCCGGUGCCGGGAGCCCCUUCGGCUGGAUCGACGGAAGACCCUGAAACGGCGGGAGCGGCUGGAGCGGUGCCUUCCGAGCGGAAGCUGAUGAAGUCCACGUGUUGGCGCCUUCGAGUGGCCUAUGACUUUCGGUUCCGGAUCGAGGCCUUUGAUCAGAUGCCAUUCUGGGGGCACCUUCUACCUGCUGCCAUGGCUCAGUUCCAUACGAUCUUUGCCAUGCUGAUUUUUUCCAAUGGCUUAGACUACAUUUUAGGUGUUUGCAAGGAGGUUGACUUCACCGGUUACGAGUCGGCUGUGCUGUGGUGGCCAAUUGCACCAGUGGUUUCAGCUGCCCUUUACCUGGUAGCGGUGAUGACUCCGAUGGAGGUUUCGCAGCAAUGGCCCACUGGCGAAGUGAUCGUGCCCCGUUGCCUUCUGCCAGACUAUUCCGACCCUAGCCUUGCGCCGCAGAUCCUGGAUUUCUAUCCCAAAGUCGGGGUCGCAGGUGAGACCGUGCUGGUCGAGAUCAUCGGUCGUCGAUUUCCGCACAUCCUCCCCGCGGAGAACAAGUCCGUGGUGGAGUGCAACUUGGGAGGUGACGGAUACCGCGCCCCAGCGGUGCUUUUGUCCGACAAGCGGGCACUGUGCAACCUCACCUCAUCAGUGGCUGGCAGCAAGAAGCUGGGCCUAAUCUUUGCUAAUGUUCUGCAGGCAUUUGCCAAGAAGAAAAUUACCUUUAGAAGAGUUGCUGCGCCAACCUUGCAGGUGACGACCAUCUUAGCUGAGGACGUGUCCGAGGAGUGCAAGGAUACGCAGGUUUUCUGCCAGCCGCCUGCCCCGGAGCCUGCUCUCAGCGAAGUCCCCACGCAGCGCAGCUUCGACCCGCAAGUGAUUUCAACUCAGAGCAGCAUUGACACCGUUGAGAACUUGUACUCCAUUUGGGAGGUGGUGUCAGUUGUGCCUGAUGUUCUACCAUUGAGUGAUUCAGCUUAUGUGAUUACCUUUUCUGUUCCGCCUGAGAACGGUUUGGCCUGCCGACUUUAUCCCGAUGGCGAGCAGGUCUUUGCUUCCCAGUUGACCAAUACAAGCAUCAUGUGUCGCACAGCGAUCGGCGCGCCGGGCUCCUAUUCCCUUCAAGUGGCCGAGGCACCCGAUUUCCACUUCCUGACCCUACCACUCAUGAUCGAGGUCUUUGAGCAGCCGCAGAUCUUGCACCUGUCACCUGCACAGGUUUAUCCCGGCCAAGGCUGGACCUUAUUCCUUCUCGCCACCCAGUUCCCUGAGCAGCGCAUGGCAGUGGCCAGCUUUCGCUGCAAGGUGGGCAGCCAGCUGGUGGUGGGCGAGGUGUCGACCAGCCGUGUGGCUUCUUGUACACUUUCGGCGGCAGAUGUGGAGGCCAUUGGCCCUGGAGACCAUGCGGUGGAGGUCCUGGUGGAUGGACUCCACGAGAGUCGUUCAGAGCCGCGGGUGAUGCUCAAGGUGUUUCCAGAAAUGGCACAAGUGGAUACCUUGUCCAGCGAUUCCAUGUCGGCCCUCCCCCGUGGUGACCGAUUGCUGGUCACGGGACGCCGGCUUCCACAAGAUGGGGGAUGCAUUCUAGGCGAAGACAUUCCUGAAGAAGGCGUCACUGCUGCCUAUGCUGCGGCAACCUUUCACAACGACACCAUGAUCUCUUGCACCAUCCCGCAGGAGGCGAUGUUGGGAACCUUACGCUUUCGCCUUUCAAUUGCUGGGCAGCCGCUCCUGGUGCAAACCACGUCGAAGAUGUCUCUCAUCGUCUCCGACCGACCGUUGCAACAGGACAUCCCAUCUGACACUGCUUGUGCUGGGGGCACGUGCCGACUUUCCUGGCGGUAUUUGCCAGAGGCACAGUACUUCAGGAUGACAGGACUCCUGGGACAUCCUGAGAACUAUGCGCAGCGUCUUCCCUCCAUCCUGCUCGACCUUCGCUCAGUCUAUUUCGCCCCAAGGGAGGCCUUUGCGGAGUCGGUGCCUUUGCGUUUCGGUGGAGAAGGUCUUUUGGACUAUGCCCGAUUAUUCCCUGCCAGCUUCUCCUGUCAGAUUGAGCAAGUGCGCGUGCCGGCGCAAUUCGUGAGGGAAGACCGAUGGCCCUUCUUAUGCGAUGUCGACUUGAGCUCGCUCAAGGGGUUGGAGGUACGAGCUCAGCUGGUCUUCACCAAUGCCGGGAUUGAUGAGAACAUUGGACCGGCCUUCAAUUUGCGCUUGCUUUUACGGCCUCGGGUCCUUGAAGUCUCGCCCACUCAAGCUGUGCUGGGCCUGGCAACGCCCUUGGCAUUGCACCUGGCGGUGGCCCCUCCGAAGGGUGCCUUGCUGCGAUGCCACUUUGGGAGGUUGGGUUCCUCUCCCGCCUUUGCAGUGGGCCGCUCAGUCCACUGUCGCUCGCCAACGGUGGAUGCGGUGGCACGUGUGGAGCUUCAACUGCAGGUGGCUUUGGAGCAAACUGAGGUGAACCUCACCCAGAGGAUUUGGGUCACGGCGCAAGAGGACUUUCGCUUCGAAGUGCCACCUGAGCGCCCAGUUCUAGCGGUGAUGCCACCUUUCACUGCGCCCGUGGGGGCCGCCCUGUUCUUGGAAUGGAAAAGCCAUUCGCCUAUCUUCGAGGUCUUGGGACGGAUCCCCUACCGCUGCUCCUGGCGACAGACGGAGAUCGGCGAGCUGAGCACCCCGUUGCUGGCGCUGACACCUGAGCUGGGCCACUGUCGAGUGCCCUUGGCCUCCACGCCACAUGCCACAGCUGUACGUUUGGAAGAUCCCAGUGGACAGGUGGUCAUGGAUGCUCCCCUCUUCCGCUAUUUCUCACCUCUUCGUGGCUCCUGGUGGCUGCCGGGUGGUGCAAUACGGCCUGGGCAGAUCUUACGAUUCCAGACCAAUGAGGAGGCCUAUCCAGCAAUGGCCUACGGGCAGCCACAGCCUGGUGUCGUUAUCCAUUGCCAGUUUGGACAUGUCAGGAAGGAACCUCGAAAGAUGGACGUGAAUGGGGUCGAGUGUGAAAUCCCAUCCAUCGCACCUGGAAACUACUUGCUUUCCCUUCUCUAUGAUGAGAAACAUAUUCUGAAUUCCGUCCCCAUGCAGCUCGACCCACCCAAAUAUGCAAGUGCAACUGGCGCUCCAAACCUCUCUUCAGAGGAGAUCCUCUUAAGUACAGCCAGUCCAGCCGUGCAGCAGGCGCCGCCCUUGGAUCCCGACCGGGAACCCCUCCCGGUGCCGGCGGUGCCGUUGCUGGACCUGAAGCCCAGCACCACCUUGAUCGUGGUGAAGGCAUUCUCACCCUCACGGGGCUCCUUGCGUGGGGGGACCACGGUUCGGCUCACCGUGCGGAUUCCGGAAGACUCGGAGGAGCCCUACGCCUUGUGGUGCGUCUUUGGGGAUCAUCCACCCUCCCAAGCGAUCAGACCUGAUCUCAGUGGAAGAGCCUGGCAUGACAAGUUGGAGGCAGACCGCCAACAGAUGAGCACCAGCCUUUGGAUGGAUUUGCUUUGCAUCUCCCCAGAGCAUCCGGUGGCUGAAUCUGUGCCCAUGUACAUCACGCGUUCAUCUGACUUCCAACCAGGCAGUGCACCCGACGGCUCCCGGAUGUUCACCUACACCCCGCACCCGGACAUGAUCACCAUCACCCCGGCGCUGGUGACGCAUCACUUUCAGAGGGAUCAGCAGGUCACCAUUCACAUCAGGGCAAACCGUGGACAAGCAGUGCCACUGUCGACCUUGAACGAUGCCUUGGAUUGUGCAUUGCUCUCACUGGAAACCGCGACCACCACCGGCGACUGGACGUGUCUCGAGUCACUGGGCUUUCGACGCGUCCCGGGUCUCCGUCCAGCCGCCACGGUCCGCGGUCCGCGCGAACAGGGCGCGGGGCGUCGUUGCGUCGUGGGCGCGUGGAGAUAUUUGGAUCACUGGCAGUACUCGUUUCGAUUUCGGCAGGAUGUGAUAAGAACCGUGGCCAGUGGAAUGAAGAUUUCUGGCUAUGCUGCAUCGACGGCAGGCAUCCUCUCGCAGGGCUCCAAGUUAGCAGAUGGGAACGGCUUGGCAGCAGUGUCCUGUCCAAUUCCCACACAAUUCACUCCGUUGGCCACUGCCACCAACGACGUGUCUGCAGACCCGACCCCCAGCCGUGAAGCCAUCCGCAAGACUGGGUGGGAGGCCACAGAGUCGCAUGGGCCUAUGUGGCUUGAGCCUGGCCAGUUUCCUGUAUAUCAUGACACCAAUGCCACCGAACCGAUCUUGGGAGUGCCCAUUGAGACACAUUUUGACAUGAAGUUCCGCUUGGCUGUGUCCUUCAACGGCCCUGAUGGGGACUACUAUACCUCUGGCAUUGUGGCAUCUGCUCCAUUCUCGCUUCCCUAUGCCAUCAGACGCGAAUAUGGCUGGGCUGAGGGAGGAGCGCCUAUACACCUGAUUGGCAUCACAUGGCCCGAGAAUGCGGAUUUGGAAUUGAGUUUGAUCUUCGUCUUUCCAGAACGAAACGUGCCGAGUGAUUGUGUACGAGUGAGCUCCAACACGGCAGAGUGCAUUGUGCCAACACCCUCUGCGGGAGCUUCUUCAGUGACGCUUCAGAUGCAAGCCAUCCGCAAUGGGGAGAUUUCCACCUAUGACCUGCCGGGGAUCAUCUACACCUACAUGGCGGUCCCGAACUUGCUGCGCGCCCAUCCGGCACGUGCACCCGUGAAGGGAGGCACCGUCUUAGAAAUUACUGGAGGUCCUUUUGAUGCUCGGGUGGAGUACUACUGCGCCUUCCUGCCGCCCUUACCGGCAGCCGCGCCACAUUUGCCAGCCUUAAGUACGGAAGCAGCCAGAUACCUGAACAGCAGCACGCUGCUUUGCGAGUCGCCCCGAGUGUUGCUGCCCUCCAUAUGCAAUUUAGCUUUGAGCUCUGACCGCGUCAUGACCAAUAUGGGCCUGGGCCACGUCUCCUUCGAGUUCUUCGAAGAGGUGGAUGAGGAGGAGGUCUCAGAAUACCAGCCACCGACCCUGGAUCCUGAGUUGGUGGUGCCGAUCAUCACUUCUUUGUCACCACUGGAAGGGCAGGAAGGUUCAUGGUCUUCGUUGGGCAUCAUAGGAGAUGGCUUUGUGGCAGGCUGUCAGUGUGCUUUCAUCAGCGAGGACCCUGAAGACUGGGAGGUGGAACGAGCCCAACUCUCGGAAGCCACGGUGCUCAGCAGUAUGCUCAUCCAUUGUAGUGCACCAGAUGAAACAGUGGCAGUGGCUGUGUACUGCCCACCAGUCUUGUCCUCUAACUAUAUGUGGAUGAGAAGGCCGGUUGCUGCUUCUGCGACUUGGUGGCCAAAGCUGAACUACACCCAUAUGUAUCCAGAGUACAAUUUGACAUACCGCACAGGAGUGCGUAUCCAGGAUGUCCAGCCGCGUGCUUACAUCCCCUAUGUGGAGUCGCAAAGCACCCAGAAAUACUUUGUCAUCCUCGAAGUCACAGGUUUCUCCUUGGAGAAGUGUGAGGUGCGUUUUGGAGACGUUCCGGCCGUGACCAUGGUGAUGAAUUCCUCUUCGAUCGAAGCCAUUGUGCCUGCAGCUUCGGACAAUUCCAGCGUGCCCUUGCACCUUUUUUGCGGAGAGGAGCUCAAGCAGGUGACCUUUCCCCAGACCUGGAUUUUCCGCUACACCUUCCUGCCAGAAGUGUACUCUGUGGAUCCUGAAGAAGUGGAGACUCAAAGCUAUGAGUGGAUCACCUUGUAUGGCAUGUAUUUUGAGGACCUGCCAGGCCGCGCUUGCCUCAUCGGCGGAGAGUUGGUGCAGUGGACGGCUGUAAGGGUGUUGACGGCUGAGAUGGUGCAGUGUCGGGUGCCUCUAUGGCAACAGGAUGUGUCCAACCUCACGGUCGCUUUCUCCAAUGACGGCCUCUUCUUCUCGAAGGAGACGGUCAUCUUAAAUACAUGGGUGCGCAUCCGUGUUCUUGCUCUUCAGCCCAGUUCUGUGUACAUCGCGGAAGCGGCCAACAUCACCCUAUUGGGGCGGAACUUCAUUCCAGGUUUACAGUGCCUUUUCAACGACUAUGCCCGCGUUGAGCAGGUGGUCCUGCGACACAGCCAGCUGCAGUGUAGGAUGCCACCAUACUUCUUGAAGCUUGGCAUUGGAAACGUCACGGUGCGUGUGAUCAUGCGAGAAGACCGGGCUCGUGGCACCAAGUACUUCCUGGAAGAGCAGGAGUUUUCCUUAGCUCUGCUGGAGCGGCCGCCCGAGCCCAUCGUGUCGCCCAUGCAGCUGGAGCCGGCACAACUGGAGCCGACGACCUCAGACUUCCGAAGGUACAUGGGGGAGUUGCCCAACGGCACGGAGCCAGAGAUUUUGAAUGCCACAGAAAAUGUCUUGAGGCUGGGCCAGUUCUGGUGGCCCUCCACUUUGUCAGAUGGAAGUGAGCCAUCAAGCUUCUCACGCAUUUCGAUCUCUCCUCAGCGGGGUCCCUUGGAUGGCCUCGACGUGAUCCUCCGCACGGACGGCUUCUACAUUCCGCCCUUCUCACGCUGCCGAUGUCAAUUUGGCACGGUGCAGGUGCCAGCCUAUUGUGUGGCACAGCUUCAACAAGUACAGUGCAGGGCCCCAGCAGUCACGGGCCAGCAGACAGUCGACGUGAGGUUCUCCGUGAACGACGGAGCCACCUGGGGACCCAAAGCCCGCUUUGCCUACUAUGCUCCACCACUCUUCGCUGCGCUGCAUCCACCGCUCGGCUCGCUCUUGGGCGUGAACAACGUGUCAAUCUACAUGUUCCAGUUCCCCACGGAUGACGCGGUGCCAUCCUACUGCCGCUGGCAAGGCACCUUUGUCACACCCAUCUCAGUGGGCGGCUCGGAUCACAUCGUUUGCCCGGUGCCCUCGCAUAGCAAGUUUGCACCCUUCAGCCACGAGGGCGAUGAUAUGCCCCUGACCCUCGAGGUGAGCUUCGCCGGCCUCCCUCCGGUCUGGAUCCCACUUCCCAGGAGCCUGAACUUCAGGCAGCACAAUGUGCCAGUGCGGGAGACGCAGGAGCUCUUUGUGUCUCCAAGGCAUGGUGUUGCAAUCAAAGGUGGAGCAGACCUCACUUUGACAGGCUCUGGCUUCGUCUUCCCAGUGGUGAACAGCUCCCUGGUUGGUUGUGUCUUUGGGCGAUGGUACUUCUCACACGGAGAGGUGACGAGUGGCACGAGCAUGCAUUGUCGGGCCCCGUCUCUUUUUGACAUUUUCCCGGAUGCUGUGCCGCCCAUGGAUGUGACCAUUGACCUUACCUUCGAUGGUGGACAGACGCGCACAAAUUUGAACAACGUCUACAGCUAUUUGAAGGAUUUCCAGUUUGACUCUGUUUUGCCAUCUGGAGGACUUUACAGUACACAGACCUUGGCCACUUUGCAGGGCCGGAACUUUAAGAGGACGCCUAAGACCUACUUGAAGUUCGGUGACAUCAAGGUCUCAGCGGCCUUGUCCACGGCCGAAACACUUCGCGCGAUGGCACCUGAGCAGGCGGAGCCAGGUACUUACCCCAUUUACUACUCUGUGGACGACCAGACCUUCGUUGACACUGGAUUGGUUUGGGUCGCGUCGGCCACCUCCUUGGUCACGGCCAUCAUCCCGGAUCGUGGCUUCCGAGUCGGCGGCACCAACGUGACCAUCGUGACCAGUGGGCUUUACUGGCUGCCGACCCUCACAUGCGUCUUCGGCUAUGCUCCCGUCUCGACGGUUCCAGUCUACAACCCGGAGGACCCACUGAAUCCAAGGCUCACUUGCAUGACACCUCCAUGCGAGAAGGCCAUGUACCUGGAGGGUGUGGCACCUAACAGUUCGGUGGACUGCUUCGGCUUCGUGACGGUGCAGAUGACAUUCAACGGUCGCAACAUGUUUGGCAACCUCACCUACGAAUACGUCAAGAUGCCUCAGGUGACCUAUGCAAGUCCUUUCCCAGCCAGUGGUUGGAGUAAUGACCUCACCAUCGCGCUGUUCGGAGUGAACUUCCAGGAACCCAUGUGGUGUCGCUGGGGCGGCUUGGGGGAGAGCCCGGCCACCGACGUGACCCCGGGCUUCAUGCGGUGUACUGCCCCACAGUUGCCGGUGGACAUGCGCCCGGACAACAGGACUGCCGACAGUAUCUUGAGCUACUUUGAAAUCUCACCGAAUGGCCAAGACUGGACACGCUUUAAACGUGCUUGGCUAUGGUACAGGGAGCCUGAAGUGCUCAGCAUUGUGCCCAACACCACCUUCCGCUCCUAUUCACCUCAAGGGGACUUCAUCGUCACUGGCCGAUACUUCCGUUUGCUGCAGCCGGAGCUGGUUCAGUGUGUUUGGCUUUACGACAAAUACUUGCCACCAGAACGGGUCCACGCGACGUUGCUCUCUCCGGAGACCUUGCGAUGUCACCCCACGAUGCCUGCAGCCGCAUCGGGCAUCAAUACAGAGGACAAGUUGCAGCCGCUGGGUGUGAAUCUCGAAGUCUCCAUGUCGACGCAGGUGGAUUCAGCCUCAGAGCAGACCGUUUUGGCGGAAGAGCGAAUGGAGCUCCAAGCCUCGAUCGAGGGAAACUUCCCAGGACCAGCAGUCUUCCCCAACAUUUGCUUGGUGACCGGAGGCUGCACCCUCACCCUGCGUGGCCUGCGCCUCUGGGCGGAAGACCCCACCUAUGGCAGCGGAAACCGCACAGGCGCGAAGCUCUUCGUGGCCGUGGGGGAUCAUUUGUUGGAAGCGGUUCGUGGCAAGGACCCCAACUGGGCCACGGUUCGGCUGCCUCCCACGCCGCACAUGGCCCUGGUGCCUCGAGCCGAACCCUUGCGCCUCACGCGGAACUUGCAGGACUACACGCCACCAGACAUCAACAUUGGUUUCAACCCCAUUCCCAUUGGCACCUACUACCGCGCGGAGCUCCACAACGGCACCUGAAUCACCUUACUGCAGUCGCAGUCGGACGACUCCGGAGGCCGUGGGACCCUUCUCGACCUCGGUCCAGACUCAAGGCCAAGUGGAAGUCCAC